UCCAAAACCCAAUUUCCCGCCAAUGCUCCCAAAACCUAAUAAUAAACCGAAUUCCCAUUUCUUUCGAGCAACAUAAAGUAAACUAAAACCGCUUCCCAUUCUCAUAGAUCUACUACGCUACACUACAAAUCCUUGUGAGACUUUUCAACUCACCACCAUGAAAGUCCGAUCGAUGAAGCUGAGAGAAGCUCACAAAGCUCCGAGCAAUGGACGCCCUUCGUUUUGCUCGGUGUUGUGGGACCAGCAAGCCCGCCACCUGGUCACCGCUUCCUCUUCCGACCCAACCAUCUCCAUCCACGACCCUCUUCUUCCUUCGGCUGCUCCCAAGCUCCUCCGCCACCACCGCGACGGUGUUACUGCCCUCGCUCUCAGCCCCAACUCCACCUGCCUCGCUUCCGGUUCGGUGGAUCACUCCGUCAAGCUCUACAAGUUUCCUGGGGGGGAGUUUGAGACUAACAUAACCCGAUUCACCCUGCCAAUAAGGGUUCUGGCAUUUAAUAAAUCAGGAACCAUGUUGGCUGCUGCUGGGGAUGAUGAAGGAAUUAAGCUUAUCAACACAGUAGAUGGUUCAAUUGCUAGAGUUCUCAAAGCGCAUAAAGGACCUAUAUCUGGCUUAGGUUUUGACCCCAAUAGUGAAUACUUAGCUUCUAUUGACUCCACUGGUACCCUCAUAUACUGGGAACUUCAGUCCGGAAGUACCAUUCACACCCUUAAAGGCAUUGCUCCUGACCUUGGUCUAGACCCUUCUGUCAUGAAUGUAAUCGGCUGGAGUCCUGAUGGGGACACCUUAGCUGUUCCGGGGUUGAGAAAUGAUGUGGUAAUGUUUGAUAGAGACACAGCUGAGAAGCUAUUUUCUCUAAGAGGUGAUCAUACACAACCUAUUUGCUUCUUGGCUUGGUCACCGAAUGGUAAAUACAUGGCUACUGCUGGUUUAGAUAAUCAGGUUCUGAUUUGGGAUGUUGAUAAAAAGCAGGAUAUUGAUAGGCAGAAAUUUGAUGAGAGAAUUUGUUGUUUGGCUUGGAAGCCAACGGGCAAUGCACUAGUUGUUAUUGAUGUUAUGGGCAAGUAUGGUGUGUGGGAAUCUGUUGUUCCGUCAUCUAUGAAAUCUCCCACGGAAGAUAUUCCAAAUUUACAUUUGAAGAAUAGUAAUGGGCUUCUUUUCUUUGAGGAAGAGGAUCAAGAGCUUAGUGUCUCAGGUAGUCUAAGUGAUCUUGGUAAAGAUAGCCUUGGUGAAUCUGAGCCACCUAGCAGGAAGAGAAUAAGGAAGCAUUCUACAUUUGAAAGCGAUUUAGAGGAGGAUGGCUUUGAGGAAAUGAGUUUGCCUCUGAAAGUCAAAUCUCAUAAAAAAACACAUCAUAUGCAUAAAGUUAGCAAAGAAGAUGCAAGUGAGGGACAAAAAAGCAAAGUGACAUCUUCAAGGUUCCAAAUGCAGGAGGCUUUUCAGCCAGGUGCUACUCCUAUGCAGCCUGGAAAAAGGCGAUUUUUGUGUUACAACAUGCUAGGAAGUAUAACAACAAUGGAACAUGAUGGAUACUCCCAUAUAGAGAUAGAUUUCCAUGAUACUAGCAGAGGUCCACGGAUUCCCUCAAUGAAUGAUCAUUUUGGUUUUACAAUGGCUUCAUUAAAUGAGAAAGGAAGCGUGUUUGCAAAUCCUUGCAAGGGAGAGAAGAACAUGAGUACUCUAAUGUAUCGCCCAUUUAGUAGCUGGGCGAAUAACAGCGAGUGGUCUAUGCGAUUUGAAGGGGAAGAAGUGAAGGCUGUGGCACUUGGUACAUCAUGGGUAGCUGCAGUUACAAAUCUUAAUUUUCUUCGCAUCUUCACAGAGGGUGGCUUGCAGAAGCAUAUCCUGUCCCUUGAUGGACCUGUUGUCACUGCAUCAGGCUUUGAGGAUGAAGUUGCAGUUGUUACUCAUGCUGCUGAGUGUCUACCUACAAAUGAGCAGGUGCUUGAGUUUAAAGUAUUUAAUGUAUGUGACGGGACUCAGCCACUUAAAGGGCGCUUGCCACUAACUCCUGGUUCGCAUCUAAUAUGGUUUGGGUUUAGUGAUGAAGGGCAAUUAAGCUCCUAUGAUUCAAAGGGUGUGCUAAGAGUUUUUACAAGCCAAUUUGGAGGCAGUUGGUUGCCACUCUUCAGUGCUAGUAAAGAAAAGAAGUCUGAAAACUAUUGGGUGGUUGGGUUGAAUGCAAGCAAACUAUUCUGUAUAGUUUCCAAGAAUCCCGAACUAUUUCCACAGGUUAUGCCCAAACCAGUUCUCACUCUGCUGAAUCUUUCAUUGCCUCUUGCAUCAUCUGAUCUGGGAGCAGAAGCCCUUGAAAAUGAGUUUAUUUUGAAUAGCAUGCAUCUCUCGCAGAUUCAAAAGCAAAUAGAAGACAUGUCUAGUUCUUGUUUGGACACCACAUUACUUGAGGAUGAAGCUUUCAAUGUAGAAGCAGCGCAAGAUAAAUGCAUCUUGAGGCUAAUUGCAUCCUGCUGCAAUGGUGAUAAGCUUGAGCGGGCUACUGAACUAGUUAAGCUUUUGUUGCUUGAGAAGUCGGUGAGGGGUGCCAUUAAGCUUGUUACUGUUUUGAAGCUACCAAAUCUGGCUGAACGAUUUAACAGCAUAUUGGAGGAGAGAUUGCUUAAUGAAAGUAAAGGGACCAUGCAUAGCAUCUUCCCUAGCUCAACUCGCCAUGCGUCCGCCAAAGACGUUGCAUUUCCUAAGAUUUCAUCGUCUUCUGAAAGGAGUAACCCUCUGGAACCUGAUUGUCAGUCAUCACCCCCAAAAUUAUCAGCUCCACUAUUUACUAAGAAAGCGAAAUUGCAAGGAGCUAAAGUUGAAGAGGGGAAAGCAGAAGCAAACCAAACUGCAAAGUUGGAUGAUAUUGGAAAGGGAAAGAAGAUAGAAGAGGUGAAAACUGUUGCAAAGGUUAAUCCUAUUAUUACAGGAGAAUUGAAAAAGGUUGGGGAAUUGGAACAAAUACAGCAUACUCGUCCAUUUAAUCCUUUUGCACAAUCAUCAAUCAAUCAAGAAAAGAAGGCUUCUGAAGUAGAUCAAGUACAAGCAAAUCGUCCAUCUAAUCCCUUCUUCAAGUCCUCUGUCAAGUAACUUAGUUGAUGAUUGUAAAUAUUAUGUUAUUUUAAGAUGGCAUCCAUGUAUUGGAAACUAUUAACGAGUCACUCUUGUAAUUAUGUAUUGACUAGUGAGAAAACACUAUAGCUUCUCUUUA